AUGCGACUCUUCUUAAUUCCGAUCUCGACCAAACGAGUCCUCAUAUACGCCCGGCCCCUUCGAAGGGAUCUCUCAAAUGAGCUUUCAUACCUCGAUCGAAUCACAACCAAAGCGGCUGAGACAUGGGCCAAAUGGGAGGAGGCCGAUAAGGGUUGGAAGAUGCACCUUGUGCGCUGGGGCAAUCGAGUCCAGCAGCGGAUACCAUACGAGGAAUGGGGUCUGAAGAGUAUUCCUUCACUCGAAGCUCAGAAGCGAAUCAACAAGGACCACGGGACAAACAAGAUUGACGUGUUGUUCCCCGGAAAUGCCAUGCGCUUGGAGCGAAUCUCCCCUCUGUUGCGCAAGAUUGCCACGGAGAGACAGGAGCUUCAUAAGAAACGCAUGAUGUGGAGUCUUAUUGCUGCGCCGAUUACAGCUCCCUUGGGAUUAAUUCCAGUAGUGCCGAAUAUCCCCUUUUUCUAUCUGGCGUACCGAGGCUGGUCCCAUUGGCGCGCAUUGAACGGCUCUAAACAUCUGGAAUUUAUUGUCGAUAAGAACCUCCUCAACCCCAUCUCCCUGCCGGAGCUGGAAGACCUCUACGCGAAACGCGCUUCCCGAGCACUCGAAGACACAACCAAUGAUACCCCAUAUUCAGAGGUCGCGGAUGACAUUGAGCAAAGCGAAGACAAGGUCUUGCUCAAGAUGUCCGAUGCCAAGAAAUUGGCAAAGAUCUUGGAGGCGCCGGAUCUAGCCUUGGAAGCAGAGCGGGCAAUCAUCCAGGUUAGCGAGCAGCUUGAAGCCGCGAGGAAUGCUAAAAAGCAGGCCCAAGACGAGAGCCAAGAGAGCAAAGCGAAAUCAGACAAGAAAGACUCAUGA